AGGGCAGGUGAGUACACGGCAUGACAGGUGUGACGAUGAUACAGUCGCUUCCAUGUUGUCCUACAUCGUGCCUUCCCCUUGUGAGCGGCUACUUCGUGCAAGUGAAUUAGUUUUGCCUCAACACUGCUUCUUGAUUCACUUCUCCAUCCAUCUUCUUCAGUCUCCAUUCACGGAUAUUGAGACCGACGAAGUCCAGUGCGCAAUUUCUCGUCCUCCAAUCUUUCUACUACCAGCUUCAAAAUUCAGGAUUCAAACAAUACAGGCUCAAGAUGCGGUCCAACAGGGCAAUCUUGUCUUCUUCCCACCUUACCGCUCCUUCCAUGGAUGAGAACCAACCGCCUCUCUCAGCCAAAAUCGAUCCUCUCGCAAUCGCCAAGUCCCUCUCUUGCUUUACCAAGGAAGAUGUUCAAGAUCUUCGAGCUAACUUGUCUGAAGCUGCCAAGGUAGCUGAGGAGAACGAUUACGAAUAUGAAGAAGGCAUCAGACGGUGGUCCAAGGUUGCAGAGAGACGCGCUAGCCUAGUCGUUUUCCCGAAAACUCCUGAAGAUGUUUCCAAGGCUGUACUGUUCAGUGUUAAGCACAGACUUGAUUUGGCAGUUUGUGGUGGUGGACAUGGUACGAGUGGCUCCUCGUCAACCUUCGGUGGACUGUGCAUCAAUCUUUCGGGCAUGAGACGCGUGUCCGUCGAUGUGGAGAAGAAGACAGUCACUGCGGAGGGUGGAGCUUUGUGGAAAGACGUUGAUAUCUCGGCUGGUCGUAUGGGACUUGCUUGUGUCGGAGGUACUGUCAACCAUACGGGAGUCGGUGGACUGACUUUGGGUGGCGGAUACAGCUACCUCACACCUGCUCAUGGACUAACUAUCGACAAUCUUUUAUCUGUUGAAUUCGUUCUGGCAGAUGGAAAUAUUGUCACUGCAUCUCAAACACAGAAUCCGGAUCUCUUCUGGGCUGCGAGAGGUGCUGGAACCUCAUUUGGAGUUGCAACCAAGUUUGUUUACAAAGCCCACGACCAACCUAAGAAUAUCUGGGCAGCCAAAGUCAUAUUUGAUGACAUAUCAGCAUUCGGUCCGGUCAUCGAGUUUGCAAACAGCUUGAUUGAAAGGGGAGAUAAGAAAAGCUGGAUGUUUGUCGGUUCUGGUCAUAUGCCACCGAGUGAAGACAAGGCCUCGAUCCUUUGCGUUUGCUUCUACAACGCGGACAACAUGGAUGAGGCAAUGUCGGUCUUCGGGCCUUUGCUCAAGCUGGACCAUCAAGACUACAGCAAGAUUUGCCUAAUGCCCUAUUACGAGAUGAACGCUUUUGUAAACGAUGGUCUCGAGCAUGGUCGUAGACGAUCCAUGAAAGGCUGUGCGUUUAUUCCGUCUCCUACAACUUCCCGAGAUGUGGCAUGGGAUGCUUUCAAACCUCUCAAACAGUUCGUCCGAACCUGUCCAGAUGCAAAGCACUCCUUUGUUCUUCUCGAGUUUAUCCCUUACGGUAAGAUUUGCGAGGUUGAGCAGACCGCCACAGCCUUUGCCAAUCGUGGCGCUUAUUCCAACCUGCUCUACAUCAUGAGCUGGGACAGUCCAGACAAUGAUAAGCAAGUCAGAGAGUUCGCCCGGGAACAAGUCUUACUUGCUAGAAGAAGGUUUGAAGAUGACAAGGCUAAGUUGAAGAGAGAAGGAAACAUUGAUCUAUUAACGGCGUCGUCAGUAGGAGAAUACUUCAAUCACGAAGGUACUCAGAGUGAUGGCAAGUCUGUCUUUGGACCGAAUUAUGAGCGUUUGGUGGAGUUGAAGAAGAGAUAUGAUCCAGCAAAUCUAUUUUGCAAGGGACCAAAGCUACUUCGUAGUGCUCAUAAUGGAGGAUCGAACUCUAUUGCUUGAGACGGAGUCAUGUAUAU